GGUGAUACGGUGUCGUAUUGUUUUAAAGUGGCAAGUUGUAAUUGAAUGCCUAGAGAGACUUGAAGCUUCAGCGAAAAGUCGAAGCAGCAAAUCCAGAGGCGGGGAACCAAAGUAGCCAACGGAUCCGUCAUGGCAGCUCGUAAGAGAGCUUCUUCAGUCACUAAAUCAGCGAAAACAGCUCCAUCUGAACAGGCAUCGUCCCCGACGGAGCUGAAGACUGUAGUUUCCGGCGAGGAUUUCCGUCUCGCGCCGCCCAAAUUGGGCGUGAUCUUUGUGAUCUCUUCGCUUCUGUGUUCGCUUUAUCUCUACCUUCUCUGUUUCCACUAUAAUGUUGACAAUGAGCUCAAGCGUCCGAUCCUCAUUAACGCUGGGCUUAGUUUGGUUGGGUUCUUUGUCACACUCAAAUUGAUUCCUGUAGCUGCUAGAUACGUUCUGAGGCGUAACAUGUUUGGUUUUGAUAUUAACAAAAGAGGCACUCCUCAAGGAGAAGUUAAAGUGCCUGAGUCAUUGGGAAUUGUUGUCGGUAUUGUCUUCUUGAUAGUGGCGAUAGUAUUUCAGUUCUUUAAUUUCACUGAAGAUUCGGUGUGGCUUGUGGAGUAUAAUGCAGCACUGGCGUCUAUUUGCUUCAUGAUUUUGCUUGGAUUUGUAGAUGACGUCCUUGAUGUGCCUUGGAGAGUGAAACUUCUCUUGCCAUCUUUUGCAACCCUUCCAUUGUUGAUGGCUUAUGCUGGACAUACAACUAUCGUCAUACCGAAACCUCUUGUUUCUUAUAUUGGCUUGGAAGUGUUUGAUCUAGGACGAAUAUAUAAGUUAUAUAUGGCGCUACUAGCUGUCUUUUGCACAAAUUCUAUAAACAUUCAUGCUGGUUUGAAUGGCCUAGAAAUCGGUCAAACCGUAGUUAUUGCAGCUGCUAUUCUGAUACACAACAUUAUGCAAAUCGGAGUAUCUGUUGAUACUGAGUAUCAUCAAGCUCAUGCCUUCUCAAUCUAUCUUACUCAGCCAUUGAUGGCAACAUCCUUGGCAAUGCUUGCCUACAAUUGGUACCCUUCUGCAGUUUUUGUUGGAGACACUUACACAGUCUUUGCUGGAAUGACAAUGGCAGUUGUUGGCAUUCUCGGUCACUUCAGUGAAACCCUCUUAAUCUUUUUUCUUCCUCAAGUGUUGAACUUUCUAUUGUCGCUUCCGCAGCUUGCUGGCAUUGUGAAAUGUCCACGACAUCGUCUCCCCAAGUUUGAUCCUGCUACGGGGCUAUUAACAGGAACAAAAGAUGGGACACUCGUGAACGUCUACCUGAGGAUUUUUGGUAGGAAAUCAGAAAAGUCUCUUUGUAUCCAUCUUCUUGUUUUCCAGGCUCUAGCUUGCGCCUUUUGUUUCAUGCUUAGGCAUUUUCUAGCUGGUUGGUACAAAUAAAUCUCUGCAACAUGAAGAAACUCUAAACGUGUUCCUCGUUUCAUCUCCCUCUCUGACUUCACAAAUCACACACACAGAACUUGUUUUGCUUCAUGUCCAAUCUAUAAACAUCAUCAUUUUAGUUCACUUAUAUAGAGAGUUUUCAUCUAAAGGCGAGUGUAUCUCCACAAUAUCAAGCCAAUGAAAUGAAUCAGAACCAUCUGUCUUGGAAUGUUGUCA